GUUAGUCAGUGAGUCUCCCUGACGGCGUGGGCCCCGAGAGAUGCCUUCUUGUGGGCUCUGUAGCUCCCAGCCAGACUCUGUUCACCCCAGGCUGUGUGUGUCCCGUAAAAGGCCAUGUGGCUGCACCUGGUGGUCCUCGUGGGCCUCUACUACCUCCUGCGCUGGUACCGGGAGAGGCAGGUGGUGAGCCACCUCCGGGACAAGUUCGUCUUCAUCACGGGCUGUGACUCGGGCUUCGGGAACCUGCUGGCCAGGCAGCUGGACCUGCGAGGCUUGAGGGUCCUGGCUGCGUGUCUGACGGAGCAGGGGGCCGAGCAGCUGAGGAACGAGACGUCAGACAGGCUGCAGACGGUGAUCCUGGACGUCACCAAGACUGAGAGCGUUGCUGCGGCCACCGAGUGGGUGAAGGAGCGUGUGGGGGACAGAGGACUCUGGGGUCUGGUGAAUAACGCCGGCAUUUGCACACCCACGGCACCCAACCAGUGGCUGACCAAGCAGGACUUUGUGAAGAUUCUGGAGGUGAACCUGCUGGGGGUGAUUGAUGUGACCCUGAGUCUGCUGCCCCUGGUGCGGAAGGCGAGGGGCCGUGUGGUCAACAUGUCCAGCGUCAUGGGCCGGGUGGCCUUCAAUGGUGGAGCCUACAGCAUAUCCAAGUAUGGCGUGGAGGCCUUCUCAGACUCCCUCAGACGGGAGCUCUGCUACUUCGGAGUGAAGGUGGCUAUGAUUGAGCCCGGUUACUUCAUUACCAAUAUGACCCAAGGUGACAAUUUUCUUGAAAACCUCCAGGCAUCGUGGAAUCAGACCAGCCCAGAGGUGAAAGAACUCUAUGGAGACAAUUUCAUUGCUGACUUCUUGAAGAUAUUGAAUUUGCUGAAGCCACCGUGGCCUCAGAAUCUGUCCUUGGUGACCGACUGCAUGGAGCAUGCCCUGACUGCCUGCCACCCCCGCACCCGAUACUCGCCUGGCUGGGACGCCAAGUUCCUCUAUCUCCCCAUGAGCUACCUGCCCAGCUUCCUGGUGGAUCUCAUGGUGUACUGGUGUUACCCUCGGCCUGCUAAGGCCCUGUAACCCAAGACUGGGGAUAGAAGUGGGCAAGGGAGACAAAGGCCCUCUUGCCUGAAGGUAUCUGUGGACAGUGGAGGGCGACCAAGCCCAAGCCAUCAGCCCAGUGCCAACUCAGUGGACCUCAGCCGGAAUAGGAUCCUGAAGAGGAAAUAAAAGCAAGAAUUUCCACUGAUUAUUUUUUUCCUCAAAAUUAUAGUAGAAAAUUUCAACUACUCGAAUGCAUGCUAGAGCUUCAUGCUUAAUCUGACUCCUGACUUUCAAUUUCUUAUUUACACACACACACAUACAUACCCAAUAUCACAAAACCAACUGAUAUCAAAUAAAGUAUCACUGAUUCACUU